CUAUGCUUAGUACCGCCAUUGCUAUAUAAAACUGUCCUUCGACGCACACGGGAGAGUGCAAACAGAAACAGAAACAGAGGAAAACAGAGCAAAGUGAAGUACCAACCAUGGACUCGGAUUUCGGCAUUCCCAGAGAACUCUCAGAUCUGCAAAAGCAUCGCGCUCUCUACGAACCAGAGAUUCCUCCAUGUCUUCAGGGUACUACCGUUAGGGUAGAAUUUGGCGAUGCUACUACUGCUGCAGAUGCCUCUGGUUCCCACACCAUUAGCCGGUCUUUUCCACACACAUAUGGUCAUCCUCUGGCUCACUUUUUAAGGGCAACUGCCCAAGUCCUUGCUGCUCAAAUCAUAACAGAGCAUCCUCCAUUCAGGGUGGGAAUAGUCUUCUGUGGGAGACAAUCUCCAGGAGGGCACAAUGUCAUAUGGGGCCUUCAUAGUGCACUUAAAAUUCACAACCCUAAGAGCAUUUUGCUUGGAUUUCUUGGGGGCACUGACGGUUUAUUUGCACAGAAAACUCUGGAAAUCACUGAUGAUAUUCUUUCUACAUACAAAAAUCAAGGUGGUUAUGAUUUGCUGGGUCGGACAAAGGAUCAGAUAAGAACAACUGAGCAAGUUACUGCUGCCUUAAACACAUGCAGAGCUUUGAAAUUAGAUGGCCUUGUAAUUAUUGGAGGUGUAACGUCAAACAUGGAUGCUGCACAGCUUGCUGAAAUAUUUGCAGAAGCCAAAUGCCCGACAAAGGUGGUUGGUGUUCCAGUUACUUUGAAUGGAGAUCUUAAAAACCAGUUCGUUGAAACUAAUGUUGGCUUUGAUACAAUAUGCAAGGUAUUAAUCAUAUCUCAUAUGUUCUGGUCACUUGUCAUGUUGAGAAAUGACUUUUAUGCUUAUUGUGGGAAAACUAAUGUUGAUUAUAUUGAUCACUUGACAAUUGUUGGAUUGAUGGGGGAUGUGGGUUCUAUUGGUUGCAGGUUGCUGAGACAAAAUGCGAUGAAAUUUUUGAUUGAUGAUGUCUACAGAAACCCGGGGCCGCUUCAAUUUGAUGGUCCGGGUUCUGAUGCCAAGACUGUCACCCUGUGUGUUGAAGACCAAGACUACAUGGGCCGGAUAAAAAAACUGCAGGGAUAUCUCGAGAAGGUGAGAAACAUUGUGAAACCUGGAUGUCCACAGGAUGUCCUAAAAGCAGCUUUAAGUUCAAUGGCUUCAGUGACAGAGGUUCUUUCUGUAAUGUCAGCUCCUUCGUUCAACAGCCAGACACUCAUCUAGCAAAACAGUGAUUGCUCCCCAUGGCAUAAUUGAAAGCUAAAUACUGUUUGUGCCCCAUUCCUUUUCAUUUACAGUCACAUAUCUUCUUCUAAUUUUGUUUUGUCGUCUCUUAGGAAAUUAGGAUCUUUUGACAUGUAUAAAACCUUAUAUGAUCUUUGGAAGUUUCUUAAUCUGCUUCAUAGGCUUGGAACUUUUAGUGAUUUAGUUUAGUCACCUGAGUCUCUGUAUUGUCCGUGAAAUAAUAAUGAGAACAUUUAUAUGGCAAUUCAUAAAAGAGAUGAGAUUUUGUA